AUUCCUCAUUUUCAUUUCAUAAUUUUUAAAUUGUGUUGAAAAUUGUAGUGAAUUGUGUGUGUGGAAUAAAAGCAAAAAUUAAGUGUUUUUCUUGCAAAAAUUUUUAUUCCAAAUUACGUUUUAACUCUCUGAGAAUAUUUUGAAUAUUUCUACUACUUUCGGCUAUGGAGUAUAACAUCGUUAAGAGAUCUAUGGUCUGCUCUUGCCUUGAGCUUUUGAGGAUUAUUAAACAUGUCUCAUCGCCUAUUCUUGAACAAAUUAACGGGGAGUGCCAGACUUGGUCAGUUGCUAACUCGCCAAAAUCCGCUGAUUGUAUACUCACAACUGGCACAUACCAUCAAGCCCAGAACACCUUUAAAUAAGCCAUCGAUGUUUAGUCCGACGAUUCUCAAACGUUAUUGGGAGCUAACUCCUCUUUUUGUCAUUAUUGGGGGCGCAAUUUUGGGCUUAUGUUAUGCAGUUGUGCGCAAUGGUCUAUCACGAGAUGAUGUACGCUUCUACUCUAGUGGCAAAAUGAAUUGUGAGGACAUUGAAAAGUCUGGCCCAAGAAAGUUUCUGGUAUUUAACCAAAAAUACAAAGUACCCGAGGGACUAAAGGAAGCACUUGCUGCGAUUGAAGAACCCAAGGAAGAGGAGAAACAAGACGCUAAGAAAUCAAAGUAAUAUGAUGAGUUUUUAAUCGGUGAAAUAUGCUGGAAUGUUGUACAAUAUAUGAAAUAGUAGUGUCAAUAGGAAUGUUAAGUGUUAAUGAGCGAUAAAGUGAAGCUGCCUUUGAGCAGAGAAAAAAUACAUAUAUGUUAAUACAUAUGUAUAUUUAACGUAAAAUUAUUAAGAAUUUGUAUGUCUGGCAUUUAUUUGCUUUA